AUGAAUAGAGAGCUACCUGCAAGCUGGUUUACCGCUCAAGCUCCUGCCAGGAAUGGAAUAAGCUCGCAGGAUCGUGAGAGAACAAUUCAGGAACACCGAGAACGAAAUUCGCGGAUUUCAAGGGUGGCACAUAACGAAAUGGCGUUGCAUAGUAUAUUUCCCAUUGGUAAUGGACAGCAGACGAUGGUGGGCGACAACGAGGAGAUUAGAGAAACCGGCAUCGACCGUGAGAGCGUGGAAUGCCAAGAAGAAAACCAGGAUGACAGUGAAAGAGAAGAUGAGAACGAUAAGUACGGCGACCAAGAAAACAGACCCACAAGUCCGGUUUUGGAGAAUGUCAACGUCCAAGUUCCACAAAACAAUGGCACAAGCACGGAUGAAGACGUUGUAAUGACCGAAAACGGAGAAAUUGUCGAUAUGGCUAUAAUUCAGCGAUUCGAAGAGCAGGCUCACGAAAAACUGAAGGAAUGCGUACGUGUUAUCGAGGCCAGGCGAGAUGCUUUACUACAAUCAUUCGAAUCUGACAAUGCCUUGCUGCAGCAGAUACAGCAAAGCGGCAAUCGCGAAUCCACCGAUCCUGAUUUCAUUUCCAGCAUAAACAGGCUACAGCGAAUUCGAUUACGGGCAAUAGAAAUGGAAACCUUACAGCUGCAGCGUGUGAAGGUAUAUUUUAAAAAUAAGAUGUCAGAUUUCAGGACGCUAGUGAAAAACUAUCUUCUGGCACAAGCGCGGGGCGAAUAUGUUGAAAAUCCUCUAAAAGUAGCGAGAAACAUCUUCAAAGACCUGAACCCCCAACUGACGUCCGGCAUGAAGCUCGCUUUGGCCGGAAAAGACGACAAUGGCCAUCAGCUUGACAUCACAGGACUUCGGGAGCGUCUGUUAUAUCCCUUGCAUCAGUCGCCUGCAAAGAGAAAAUUCCCUCUUAAAAAACUUCCAGCUGAACUCCUGAGUAUGGUGCUGGAUCGACUAUCUCAAAGAUCUGAGGUCGUUAAGCUCAUGACAGUAUGCAAAUUUUGGGCCGAGAUAAUAGUCAAGCUGCUUUACUACAGGCCGCACAUCAAUAAAAAGUCUCAACUUGAACAGUUCAUGACGACCAUGCAAAGACCAGCCUACCAAACCCUUUUUAAUUAUCGCGCCAUGGUGAAAAGACUAAACUUUUCGUUUGUGGGCGAUUACAUGACAGACGAGCAGCUCAUUCAUUUCGUCGGCUGCCCUAACCUAGAGCGAUUGACACUCGUGUUUUGCAAACACAUAACGAGCUCCUCAAUAUCGCUAGUGCUUCAAGGAUGCAAAUACUUACAGAGCGUCGAUAUUACUGGCAUCAAAGAAGUCUCCGAUAGCAUUUUCAAUACCCUGGCAUAUCAAUGUCAGCGUGUUCAAGGAUUUUAUGUGCCUCAGGCGAGGGACGUAUCUUUCUCCGCACUGCAUACUUUCAUCACCCAUGCACCAUUACUCAAAAGGGUUAAAAUCACUGCUAAUCUCAAUAUGAAUGACGAACUCGUCACUCUCCUAGCUACACUCUGCCCUCUUUUGGUAGAGGUGGAUAUCACACUUUCACCAAAUGUUCAUGAUCACAGUUUGGUGUCGUUAUUUUGUCAACUCACGCAGCUGAGGGAGUUCAGAAUUACUCACAACCCCAACAUAACUGAUAAGUUUCUCAAGCAAUUAAGCCUCCAAGUAGACCACUUACCAGCAUUGAGACUUAUUGAUUUAUGUGAUUGCGAAAAUAUCACGGAUAAAACAGUCGAGAGACUUGUGUCCUUAGCUCCGAAGCUGCGAAAUGUGUUUUUUGGAAAGUGUAGCAGAAUAACGGACAAUUCAUUGGUUCAUUUGUCACGUCUGGGCAAGAAUUUACAAACCAUUCAUUUUGGGCAUUGUUUUAAUUUGACGGAUAGUGGCGUGCGUAUAUUGAUUCAGUCAUGUCCUCGGAUUCAGUACGUUGAUUUUGCUUGCUGCACGAACCUAACGAACCGCACCUUGUAUGAGUUGGCCGACCUUACCAAACUGAAGAGAAUAGGAUUGGUAAAAUGCUCUCAAAUGACAGACGAGGGACUUCUUAACAUGAUGGCACUGAGAGGUAGGAAUGAUACCCUUGAGAGGGUGCAUUUAUCCUAUUGUUCCAAUUUGACUAUUUACCCAAUCUAUGAGCUUUUGAUGGCUUGUCCAAAGCUCUCACACCUUUCACUUACGGCUGUUCCCUCUUUCUUGCGGUCUGACAUAACGGCGUUUUGUCGUGCUGCUCCCUCGGACUUCAGCGACAAUCAGAGACAGAUUUUCUGCGUUUUUUCGGGCAAAGGUGUCCAUAAAUUAAGGCAUUACUUAAUGAGUUUGACGGCGCCCACUAAUGGUCCCCAAACUAACGUGCGAGAAGUUUUGACUAACUUUAUUGUUCUCAAAAGCCUCAUCAAAGAGGGCGAGGACCUAGAGGCAGGCAUGCGUAGAGUGGCAAGUGAGCUGAACCAAGAGACUCCUGCUAUCUUGGCCGCUACUCACAGUCUAACACCAUUGAACGCCAUGAAUAAUAACGAUUUUGCAUUUCAAAACAUCAAUUUCGAGAGACUUGAAGACGUCUUCUUUUCGCUUCAGCGGGUACCGCAAGAUCGGAUACUCGAUGAACACGAUGUAGACCGGCUAUUUCCGCUGAUCGAUGAAGAGUUUUGUGAAGACCCGGACGCCGAGCAAUUCGCGGGUGUGGACGGGUGCGUGGCGCCAGAGGCGUCGGAGGACUUGAACAGUGAACUCGCGCAAAUGGUGAGAAAGUUUCACGACUUACAGGAACGCGUAUGUGAUUUCGAGGUAAAUGUUGCCAGCAUGGUAAGAGUUCAAUUUCAAUUCGCGGGCGCCCUUUUGAAUGAAAUGACGCACAUAUAUUUUCAGAUGGUAGACCUUAACAGGUGUAUUACACAAAUACAGUCGCGGGUAUACGACAUGGGCGAUGAUAGGAACUUGAAAGGUCUCACUAUUUGGCGCAUUAUAUGGCAAGAGAAAUUUGACCACAUGCUGGAAAAGUACGAGUUGACGACUGUUGUAUUGAGAUUGUAUCUGAGGGACAACGUAGCAGCGUUGACUAGACAGAGAGAGUUGUUUCUCGCAAGACAGCGGGUUCCUGCCGAGAACUCCAACGCGGCCGACGUAGUUCCUAAUCCGGUACCUACAGAUGUCGAUGGGUGGAAUGCUGACCGGAGUGAUAGGAACAACCCUUGGAGAAGAUUCGAGAUUCGCAACGAGAUGCGCAUGGUACAAUUUGGGCUUCAGGCGCUUCCUGGUGCUCAGGACGGAUUGCCCCCAAUUCAAACUUUUUUUCCUAACGAUAUGGGGCCAACGGAUACUUCACAGGAUGAAGAUGAAUAUCUAGAAGAUGCAUAA